GUUCCACUAGCAGCGACGGAAGGCGUUACGUUGCACCAAGUUUAUUGAACGUCAGUGCGUUUCGCGUGCACAACUAUGGUAGGAAGCUGCAUUCCUCUCGCGGGCGAGCUGCCGCGUCCUGCAUUCCCAUCCGCGACUGCUUCCGAGAACACCGGCCCGCUAAGCGACCUUCCCUGGACUACGUUUAUCGCCCACACGCCCCCAUUAAAUGCGAUUCCGCACAAUGAAACGAAGAUCAUUAGAAGCCGGCCUACAGGCUGCGUCCGCGCGCCGGCGACUCGCCAGUCGCAGCGACGACAUCCAUCCGACUACGACGCGUUUAGAAAAAACGCACUGAUAAAUUCGAGUGCGUAUCAAUUCGCGACGCCGUGGUCCAGCCACGACUGCCCGCGCCUCCGUCCCGCUCCGCCUUUUAUACCCGCCAGAGGGAUGGCGUCCGUGCGCACGCGUUCCGCAUCCCCUAAGUCUGUCUCGUUCUCCCCCGUGCUCGAGCGAAAGUACAGCAUCGACCGAGCGCCGUCGAGUCCGCCCGAGCUGAAGAGCCAGGAUUGGAGGAAAUACUUUGCCGACUUCAGCGCGUAUCUCGAUGCGCUUCUCGCCGACCUCCAGAACUCGAUCAACCCCGGCGCCCGCGUGGGCAGCCCGGGCCGCACCGGGUCCCCCGGCGGCCGCACCGCCUCGCCCGGCGCCCGCACAGCUUCCCCUGGAGGCCGGACGAGUUCCCCUGGAGGCCGAAGCUCGCCCGGAGGCAGCUUGAGCUCGCCUACAUCUACGGGAUACGGCUCCAUCCUGAAUGGCUCGAGGAAUACGGAUUAUAACAAAUCUAGUUCGCCAACAUACCAGAACACGGGCUCACUAGAAAAGGUCAUCCCAGUAAAGUACACCAACAGUACAUCCGGCUACGGUGGCCACACGCCGUACUCGACGGGACAGUCCGGCUACGGCAGGACGACGGGAGGUCGCGGGAAUCUCUCCGAGUUGGACACCCUACUCGAUGACCUGAGCAACGCGAGAUAUGGCAGCUAUGGUGACAAGACUCCCACUAGUGAAAGAGAGUUAGACUUCACUGACGGCUAUGCGCGCACCAACGGCGCAGCCAGCCCGGCGUCCGCGCGGCCCACCGUCGACGCGCUGCUCGACCAGCUCAGCACAGACCUGCACAAUGGGUAA